UGGAAUGACAAGUGAAUGAGUGUAAAAGAAAAGAAAAGAAAACAAUGGUGGUGUAUAUUGAAUUGAACUGAAUUGAUACACGCAGGCGUACGUUUAAGAUUAGCUUUGGAUUGGAUGAUGGGUUCAAUUUCAAGCUUCACGUUUCCGGUUCUUUGUCGUUCAACUUCUGUUCGAACAAAACCCCUUAUGGCAGUAGCUUCUUCUUCUUCUUCUUCUUCCGAGGAUGUUGCUUCAACUAAAUUACUCACUUUUCUCGGCAAAGGUGGCUCUGGCAAAACCACCGCCGCUAUCUUCGCCGCUCAGCAUUUUGCAAUGGCUGGACUGAACACAUGUUUAGUGAUACAUAGCCAAGACAUCACUGCUGAUUAUCUACUCAAUUGUAAGAUUGGAACUUCCUAUGUGGAAUGCAGCAAGAACCUUUCGGCUGUUAGGUUGGAAACAACCAAAAUGCUUCUUGAACCCCUAAAGCUUUUGAAGCAAGCAGAUGCCCAGCUUAAUAUGACUCAAGGCACACUUGGAGGGAUUGUGGGAGAGGAGCUUGGCAUCCUUCCUGGAAUGGACUCGAUCUUUUCGGUACUUGCACUUGAGAGGCUUGUAGGGUUUUUGGGGAUGCCGUCUUCAAAGAGUGAACAAGAUAAAUUUGACGUAAUAAUAUACGAUGGUGUCAGCAGCGAGGAAACCUUGAGAAUCAUGGGUGGAAGCAGUAAAGCAAGGUUGUAUUUAAAAUAUAUCCGCACAUUGGCUGAGAAAACUGAAAUUGGUAGAUUGGCUGCUCCUUCACUCCUGAGACUUGUGGAUGAAGCCAUGAAAAUAAAUAGCAGCAGAUCUUAUUUCAAUGGGAGGAUGAGUUCAGAAACAUGGGACACUUUGGAUCAACUUCUGGAGAAAGGAUCUUCUGCCUUCUCAAAUCCACAGAAAUUUGGUUGCCUCCUUGUGAUGGAUCCUAACAAUCCAACCUCUGUCAAUUCUGCAUCACGUUAUUGGGGGUGUGCAAUUCAGGCUGGUGCUCAAGUUUCAGGCGCUUUUGGAAUUUCCUCUCAGCAACCAAAAGCAGAAUCAUUCGAAAGAGCAAAGAAAGAUCUUUCUCCCUUGCCUUCUGCUUUCAUCUCAAGUCCGUUAGUAAAUAGCCCAAUCGAUUGGAACAAAGUUUUACUGGACACUGUGAAUAAAGAUGCUAGGCAAUUUCUUACUUCACUAUCAAGCCAAUCCAGUAAUAUGACAUCAUCAGUUAAAUUUGAUGUCAUAAGAAAAUCGGUUACUCUCUUCAUGCCAGGUUUUGACAAAUCAGAGAUUAAGCUAUAUCAAUAUAGGGGAGGAUCUGAGCUUUUGGUAGAAGCCGGAGAUCAAAGGCGUGUCAUCCCUUUGCCUCAAGAAAUUCAAGGAAAGGUUGGCGGAGCCAAAUUCCAAGACAGAAGUCUUGUAAUUACAUUAAAAUAAUUCUAAUCUUUUUACUUUCCCUUCUCACCUUUUAUGCUGAGGAUUAUUAAUGUUACAGCAGUGGCGGUUUUUCUCACUGCACAUUUGUGCAUGAAUUGGGCAAAAAGUAAAUUAUGCAAAGGAAAUGUGUCACUUUUCAUUA